UCUCUUUGAUAAGAAAUGCAAAAAUCCCGACCGCUGGUUUCUGAAAAGUGACCGAAUUGGCAUCACCGCCAUAGGGCUAUUACAAGUAUUUUGGAACACGAUAACUAUGGAAUUAACAACUACUGUUGGAAAGGUGAUUGAAUGUCGGGCUGCAGUGGCAUGGGCGGUCGGAGAACCGCUCACGAUUGAAACGGUACAAGUGGCUGUUCCACUGACAGGAGAGGUCCGCAUCAAGAUCGUCGCUUCCGGGGUUUGCCAUACUGACUUGUUUUUUCAAAGAGGGGGAGACGGACCGGAUGCAUUUCCGUGCAUCCUCGGUCACGAAGGAGCUGGCAUUGUGGAAAGCGUUGGACCUAACGUUACUUCCGUUGAACAAGGCGAUCACGUAAUCCCGGUUUAUACAGCUCAGUGUUACAAUUGUGAAUUUUGCAAGUCUAGCGAGACCAACAUUUGUAAUGUUAACGGCACAUUCCAAUUGGCCGGAUUAAUGAAUGACGGUACGACUCGCUUUACAUGUCGUGGCCAGUCUAUUAAGCACAACAUGGGAUGUUCGACUUUCAGCGAAUAUACCGUGGUUUACGAGACUAACGUUUGCAAGAUCAACCCAGGUGCUCCGUUAGAAAAAAUUGGGCUCAUCGGGUGUGGAAUUGGAACGGGAUACGGAGCAGUUCUUAACACCGCUAAAGUGCGGGCGGGAUCGACUGUUGGCAUUUGGGGCCUUGGUGGAGUUGGUCUUGCGGUAGUAAUGGGGGCUAAAAAAGCCGGAGCUGCCCGUAUUAUCGGCAUUGAUAUUAAUCCAUCUAAAGAAAAUAUUGGCAAGAAAUUUGGAAUCACUGAUUUCAUCAACCCAGAUGACUACAAAAUACCUAUAGAGGAAGUAAUUAUGGAUAUGACAACAGGAGGAUUAGACUAUGCUUUUGAGUGUUGUGGCAUCCCCAGUUGCAUGAAAGCAGCAAUGAAUGCCUGUAAAGAAGGUUUGAGUGUAUUAACUAUUGUGGGAGUAGCUGAUUUGACGGCAGAAGUCUCGUACAAUCCAAUACAACUAAUCUAUGGAAGAACCAUUAAAGGGACCUAUUUUGGAGGGUGGAAGAGCCGUGACCAAAUCCCAAAGUUGGUGGAUGCAUAUUUAGCCAAGGAAUUGAUGGUGGAUGAAUUUAUAAGCCACACCAUGCCAAUUGAAAACAUAAAUGAAGCUGUGGAACUAAUUGAAAAAGGAGAAUGUUUGAGAAGCAUGGUCACUUUCUGAAACAAUUGAACGUCGCUACACAGUUUUUAUUAUUUAAUUUUCCCCUUGUUCUAUUGAUACGAAAUAUAACUGAAUACCAUG